AUGAGUCGGUGCGUGGCUCGCAAGACUGCGAGGAAGGUCUCUUCAGUCCGCUUCUACAGCAUUGUGCAUGAUAUCCCUCGAGCUGCUGCUAGUCUCAACCAAACGCCUCCCCCACCACAACCUCAAGGGCAGUCGGUGUUCGAGCAAGCUGUCAAUGCUACUGGUCCGCGCAAUAACUGGACCAAAGAAGAGAUCUCUUCGAUCCACCAGACUCCUCUGAUGGAACUGGCUUUCGCUGCAGGCACUGUCCACCGUCGAUUUCACAAGCCCUCGGCAGUCCAAUUAUGUACCCUCAUGAACAUAAAGACUGGUGGGUGCACGGAAGACUGCUCUUACUGCGCUCAAUCUUCCCGCUACAAGACAAACCUCCAAGCCACCAAACUCUCCACGGUGGAUUCUGUCAUCGAGGCCGCAAAAAUUGCCAAAGCGAAUGGCUCAAACAGGUUCUGCAUGGGCGCUGCCUGGCGUGACAUGCGGGGGCGGACGCGAGGAAUGAAGAAUAUCGUUGAAAUGGUCAAAGGUGUUCGAGCUUUGGGUAUGGAAGCCUGCGUAACCCUGGGCAUGCUUGACAAGCAACAAGCUCGGGAGUUGAAAGAGGCCGGAUUGACAGCAUACAACCAUAAUGUGGAUACUUCGCGAGAACAUUACCCCCACGUCAUCACCACACGUUCCUACGACGAACGAUUACAAACACUGGAGAAUGUACGGGAAGCAGGCAUCCAUGUCUGCAGUGGUGGCAUACUCGGCCUAGGAGAGACGCCUGCAACCGACCACGUUGGAUUGAUCUACACCCUCGCCACUCUCCCAGAACACCCCGAGUCUUUCCCGGUGAACAAACUUGUCCCCAUUAAAGGAACGCCCAUGUUCGGCCAAGAACCGGUUAAGUUGGAAGACAUGGUCCGUUGCAUUGCUACUGCUCGCCUAGUCAUGCCGCGAACCAUCAUUCGCAUUGCAGCCGGAAGAGUCAGUAUGCCUGAGAGUGAACAAAUGCUGUGUUUCAUGGCGGGUGCGAACGCCAUUUUCACGGGUGAGAAGAUGUUGACGACGGAUUGCAACGGCUGGGAUCAGGACAAGGACAUGUUUGAGCGGUGGGGAUUGUCGCCCAUGCAGACCGAGGCAAGUAAAUUGGUCAAAGUUGAAGCGGAGCCAAAGUUUGAGGCGAGUAGUUUCGUGCAUAUGAAGGGCGCGAGCACGACUGCCGGGAAGGGAGCUGAGGCAUGA